AUGGGUAAAGAUUCUGACUCUUUUCAUAAGAAUGCUGUAAGAGCCUGUGACGACUUGAUGAAGCAACCCCAGCAUAUACAGAAUGUUGUUGAAAAUUAUACUUCAAAACAAAUUGCAGACAACCGUCUACGAGUCAAAACUUCAAUUGAAGCAGUUCGAUGGCUUGCAUUUCAAGGUUGUGCUUUUAGAGGUCAUGAUGAAAGCGUUGAUUCAAUCAAUCCUGGUAAUUUCGUGAAACUCUUAGAAUUGUUGGCUUCAUAUAAUGAAAAAGUUGCUGAAGUUAUAUUACAGAAUGCUCCAAGAAAUGCUUCUUACACAUUGCCAAAGAUUCAAAAACAAAUGUUACAAGCAUUUUCAGUAAGAGUAAAGAAGGCCAUUCGGGAAGAAAUUAAUGAUUCAAAAUUUUGCAUAAUUGUUGAUGAAGCUCGUGAUGAGUCAAAGAAAGAGCAAAUGGCUAUAGUAUUGAGAUUUGUUGACAAAGAUGGUUUUAUUCGGGAGCGUUUUUUUGGACUUGUUCAUGUCUCAGACACCAAGGCAUCGACAUUGCAAAAGGGAAUAUAUUCAGUGUUAUCAAAUCACAAUUUAGAUAUCCAAAACAUUCGAGGCCAAGGAUACGAUGGUGCAAGUAAUAUGCGAGGGAAGAGUCCUCAAGCAGGAGAUGCAGAUUCAGCUUAUGAGUCAAUGACAUCCUAUCAAUUUGUCUUCAUCUUACAUCUCAUGGAAGAAAUUAUGGAGAAUACUAAUGAACUUUGUCUAGCUCUGCUAAGUCAAUCUCAAGACAUUUUGAAUGCCAUGAGUCUUGUUUCCUCUACUAAAGCAUUCAUUCAAAAGUUGAGAGAUAAUGGAUGGGAUACUUUGUUUGCCAAGGUAAAUUCUUUUUGUGAGGCAUGUAACAUAGAUAUCCUAGAUAUGAAUGCUCAUUAUGUUGGAAGAGGAGGUCGAGCUCGUCACCAACAAGAUGACUGGACAGUUCAACAUUAUUACCAGGCAGAUAUAUUUUAUGCUGCCAUAGAUUCUCAAUUGCAAGAAUUAAACAACCGGUUUAAUGAGCAUGCUGUAGAGUUAUUUAUUCUUAGUUCAGCUUUGGAUCCUAGUGAAAUAAGCAAGUGUUUCAAGAUUGAUGCCAUAUGUAAGUUGGUAGAAAAAUUUUAUCCACAUGACUUUGCAGAUCAUGAGAAGCUGCAACUCAAGAAAUAA